AUGACAUUUGUUUUGAAUUGUGUUUGGUGGAUGGUUGUAUGAAAAUAUUUGGAAAAUAUAAAAUAGAACAGUUUUAUUUAUAAAAAGUUACAAUGUCUACAACAGAACAAAAUGAGAUCAUCCAAUAUGUUCCAUUUAUGUCCUUCGUGCAUCCAUCAUUUUGGCACACUUUAACUGAAGUUAAAUUGGACGUCGAUAAAUUGAACGAGCCAACAAAACAAAUUUUUGGGCGUUUCACUUACAGGCAAGACAUAGGCCCAGUGUUCGAGGUUGACGGGACGUCUUUCAACAGAACCCCACAACCAGAACAGUACUAUGAAAGUGUGACUGGGACUCUAAUGAAUAAGAAUACAAUUGAAGAGUUCAAGACCAUUGACAAAGCACAACUUCUGAACACAAUAGGACAACAGUUUUGGACAAAUAUAAAGAAGAAAUUAUGGAUCACCAAACCUUGUUCUUUGUUAAACUUUAUUAUCUUGUCAUUUGCUGAUCUCAAGAAAUUUCAUUAUUAUUACUGGUUUGCAUUCCCGGCACCAACUCAGCCAAUAGUUCAUUUGAAGGAAAAAAGUAAAUCCUUAAAUGAACACUUCAACAACAAACAAACUGAUGUUAUAGCUACUGGCUACAAAAAUCUAGAUACUGACCAGAGAGCAUAUUUUAUUGUAACAAAGGAAAAUGACAAAGUUUCAGUACACCCAUUAUCAAAAGUAUUGCAAAUAGACAACAAUAGUUUAAACAUAGACUUGAAGGAUUUAUAUUUGUGUUUCGCCGACUCAAGUAAUACCGGGAACCCUGGUUGGCCUUUGCGGUUAUUUUUAGCAGCAUUACUAGAACAUUACCCAGGAUUGGCUGGUAAAAUUGUACAAGUGUUAGGUUUGAGAUGCAGUGCCAGUGGUGGAGUGGAAAAUAGUUUGAUCUACACUAUUGAAGUACCUGAUAAUGUUCAAGCUGUCGAAAGUGCCGGCUGGGUCGGCUGGGAAAGGAAUGAUAAAGGAAACUUUGGACCCAAACUGGCUAACAUGUCUGCAUCUAUGGACCCCUUGAAAUUAAUAGAUACAUCAUCAGAUCUGAACAUCAAGCUGAUGAAAUGGCGACUGGUGCCUGACAUCGAUGUUGAUGUGAUGAAGACUACAAAGUGCUUACUGCUCGGUGCUGGAACCCUGGGAUGUCACGUUGCAAGAGAUUUACUGGCUUGGGGCUUCCGCCACAUAUCAUUCGUUGACAACGGCAAAGUGUCAUACUCUAAUCCCACACGACAAGUGCUGUACACAUUCCAAGACUGCCUGAACGGAGGCCGUAGGAAAGCAGAGGCUGCCGCUGAUAACCUAAGAAAUAUACUGCCUACCGCUAUAACCAAAGGCCUACCUCUCCACAUUCCGAUGCCGGGGCACCCAGUUGGGGAAUCCCUUAUGGAAGAAACGAUUUCUAACGUGAAGACUCUUGCAGAAGCUAUAGCAGAACAUGAUGUAAUUUUCCUAUUGCUCGACACGAGGGAAGCAAGAUGGCUGCCUACACUCAUCGCUGCCCAUUUUGGAAAGAUAGUCAUAAACGCGGCUCUGGGUUUCGACAGCUACCUCGUGAUGAGGCACGGAAUCGCAGCUCCGCUAGAGGGCGCCACUGUAGAAUCCGCGUACAUACAGGGCAAACAACUAGGCUGCUACUUCUGUAAUGACGUCACAGCACCAAGGAAUUCACUAAAAGACAGGACGUUAGACCAACAAUGCACAGUGACCCGGCCCGGCGUGGCGGCCAUAGCGGGCGCGUUAGCCGUCGAACUACUUGUGGGCCUACUGCAACACCCACUCAGGGUAGACGCUCCGGCAGCUUACAAUAUCAACGACGAAACUCAAAACAUUCCACAAAUGCAAGGGGUCCUCGGUCCGGUCCCCCACUCCGUACGUGGCUUCCUCCACGCUUACCAGACCAUACUGCCAACGUGCCCGAAAUUCAAACAGUGCAUAGCGUGCUCGGACACGGUCAUAGACAAGUAUAGAGUGGAAGGCAUAGAGUUCUUGCUCAAAGCGUUCAAUAGCGGGAGCUAUUUGGAAGAUGUUACUGGCCUAUCGAAGUUGCAUUUGUCUGCAGAGAUGAUGGAGGUUUUAACGUUGUCCGACGACGAAGAUGAAGAUUGAAUAAGGUAUCGCUGCUUCUUGCCCUACGUAAAGAGGAAUCAAAUUAUUACUUCUAAAAAACUACUACUCUACUUCUCAAAAGCUAUCAUGUUUGUAUAGUAUAUUCAAAAAUAUUGGAUGUGCAAUGAAAAAAAAAAACAUUUUAAUGUGAUAUUUGUAACUUUUUAUUUUAUAAGUGUAAGCAUAUAAUGACAAAGUAAUUACUUAAUAAACUGUUGUGCUACGAA